CUAGCUACGCUGGAGGAGGAGCUUUUCCAGCAUCACCGUAUUCUUCUGCAUUAUUUUUCCGUGUUGAAGUUUUGGUUGCUUGGACUCCCGGUUCUCGCUCAGAAACAUUACUUGGCGAGAGCUUUCCCUGUUUUGCCGAGUCACUGCCGAAGUUGUAAAGGCUGAGACGGUGACACACUGAUCGGGUCUUGACCAGGAACAUGAGUGCAUCAGGGGAUGAAGUGACUUGCGAGGAGUUGAAGAAGAUGUUGGCGAAUGACAAGGUGACUAUCAUCGAUGUGAGGAAUCCUGAGGAACUGGAGAAAGGGACAAUCCAGGGAUCCGUCAAUAUUCCAGUGAAUAAUGUGAAAGAAGCUUUGUCACUGGAUCCAAAAAGUUUUGAGAGCAGGUUUGGCCGACAGAAACCUCGCCUGGACGCCCCGGUGAUAUUUCAUUGUCAGCUCGGAUGGAGAGGAGCAAAUGCAACUGGAAUGGCCAGAGAAAUGGGUUACAGCAGGGCCCAGAAUUUGAAAGGUGGAUUUGGUGAGUGGGACAGUCACACAGCACAAUGAAGGGUCUCAGCGAACGUGGACACUGUGAAACUGGAUGACCAUUACUGUCCACUCCAUGAUCCUUGACCUUACACUGACCUUUGACCCCCGUCCCAUUUGUCCAACUUUAAGACUUUGCCCGGUGCUCAGAUCCAGAUCCCAAGCCACCUUCUGUACCGUCGUAGAGCCAUACAGCGCGGAAACAGUCCUACCAGCCCAUGUUGACCAUAAUCCCAGACUAACCCAUUCCCACCUGCCUGUUCCUGGCCCAGAUCCCUCCAAACCUUUCCUGUUCACGUACUUGUCCGAAUGGAAACGUUGCCAUUGUAUCCACAUCCCCCACUUCUUCUGAAAGUUCAUUCCACACACGAACCGCUCUCUGUAUAAAAUGAUUGCCCCUCAUGUCCUUUUUAAAAUCUUUCUCCUGUCACCUUGAAAGUAUGCUCCCUAGUUUUGACGUCCCCCACCCUAUGGAAAGCACCUGCCUUUCACCUUAUCCAUUACCCCUCAUAACCCUAUAAACUGCUAUAAGGUCACUUUUCAACUUCCUACCCUCCAGUGAAAAAAGGUCCCAGCCUCUCUCCAUAAACCCUCCAUUCCCGGCAACAUCCUGGUGAA